AUGAAGCCGAUACUAAAGGGGACGGAGGGCGAGUGGGUGCUGAGCCGAUACCUGCUACCUCCUGGUUUGCACGAAAUCUCUGUUGGAGACGUUGUUGUGAUGAGAUACGAUCCUGCUAAAGCUGCUUCUUACGCCAAGUCAGCCAAUCCCGAAGUGUCAGCUGAGGCAACGGCCAAUGACGGGACAGCGACGGCCAAGGCUGGAACAGCAACAGGGGUAACAUCAACAAAAGGGAAAAAAGCAGGGGACGUUCCCCAGUUAGUAGUAACCGCCGCUUCUUUCAAGAGCAACAAUCCAAAAAAGCUCAUGAAAAGGAAGAAAAUGGCCCAGUCAGAAGCUGCCACCAGUACAGCCAGUCGCAAAACCGAUGCCGACACCAGCGCAGCUGAUGCCUCUUCUCCCUCAUCCUCUUCCUCCUCAGCUUCCCAGGCCGACACACCACAGAACCCUCUUAAGGCUGCUUUUCGGCGAGUGGCAGCCGUUGCUGGAGACGAGAUCGUGUCAUCUCGGCCGUCGGAUGAGCCGUUUCGGAUAGAGAAAGACCAUUUUUGGUUGCUCGCUGAUAACUUGGCUGUUCCUGCAAAGGAAGCUAUCGACAGCCGCACCAUUGGGCCGGUGCACAAGAGCUACAUCUUGGAAAGAGCACUGUAUGUGGUGCGAUCAGAAGAUGAUCAUGGGCCGAUUCAAAACAGUUUCCGGGCCCGGGUGCAAGAUGCAGGAGUGAUGGAGGUGGAAUGCAACAAUAUAGAUGAUAUUCUGAGAAGAAUUUUGGAGGCAAGCAGUAUGGCGCCACUGCUACAACGGUUUCGUUACCUAUUUGAGAAGGGCGUGGUGUUUCGAGGAAUGCUCAUUAUGAGCCACUUAGAUAAGCACCCAGGAACACGACCUCCCUACUUGGAGAUCGCAAAAAGGGUUGCCAAGUUGCUCGUGACCCGUGGGAAUUACCUCAGCUUGCUCAAGCCGACUGCGACUGGAGACGAAUCCAUGAAGCCGAUUCUAAAGGGGACAGAGGGCGAAUGGGUGCUCAGCCGAUAUCUGAUACCCCCUGGCUUGCAUGACAUCACUGUUGGUGACGUUGUGAUGAUGCUAUACGAUCCUCCUGCACCAGUUGCCUCUAAUACCAGUUCAGCCAAUCCUGAGGUGUCUGCUGAUGCAACGGCCAAAGGGGCGACAGCUAAUGGGGCAACAGCCAAUGGGGCGACUGCUAAUGGGGCAACAGCCAAUGGGGCAACAGCCGAUGGGGCACCAGCCGCUCAAAUAUCAAGAGCAGGGGAUGCUUCUCGGUUACUCACUGCUGCUUCUUUCAAAAGAAACAAUCCAAAGAAGGCAAUGAAAAGGAAAAUAAAGGCCCUGUCAGAAGCCUCCGCCAAUGCUGCCGCCAGUGGAGCCGAUGCCUCUUCUCCUUUAUCUGCUUCCCCAUCCUCUUCCUCAUCCUCUUCCCCAUCCUCUUCCUCAUCCUCUUCCCCAUCGUCUUCCUCAUCCUCUUCCCCAUCCUCUUCCUCUUCCUCUUCCUCAUCCGCUUUCUCAUCCUCCUCUACUGAGGCCGAGCCUUUUCAUUUUGCUUUUCGGCGAGUGGCAGCCGUUGAGGGAGACGAGAUCGUGUCAUCUCAGCCGGCCGAUGAGCCGUUUCGGAUAGAGAAGGACCAUUUCUGGUUGCUUGCAGAUAAUCCGGAUGUUCCUGUAAAGGAAGCUAUUGACAGCCGCACCAUCGGCCCUGUUCACAGGACCUGCAUCGCGGCGAGGGCACUGUAUGUGGUGCGGACAGCAAAUGAUCACGGGCCGAUCCAGAACAGUUAUGUGGCCAGUAUGCAGGAUGAGGCAAUCAUGGCCAUGGAAUGCAAUUUCAAGGAUAUUAUACGAAGAAUAAUUAUCGAAGUCAUCAGGUCUUUCAGAAUCUGA